AUCAGUUUCUUUUAAAAUAUUCAUUGUUUUCACUGAUGGGGACGGAUCUUGGAGAAGAACAAACCGACAUCGCUACGUGCUACGCUGCUUCCCGUUGUUCGUUGAAAUCAGAAAUGGGUGUCCCAAACUGCUUCCUUUUGUUCGUUGCCAAUUCAAAUAAUGAGGUGAAGUUGUAUUGUAUACACAACCAUUAAAAAUCGAUUCACUCUCUUUCUUUACCCAACCCAAUUUAACAAACUACACCGAUUUUCACUUUUUACUUCCCUUCUCUCCAAGAAACCUCAGAGUCUUCGCGAUUUGGAGCCUUGUUGAAGAUACAGUGCUGUGAAGAAACAGGAUGGAGAAUCGGGAGGAUCUGAAUUCCAUUCUAGAGUUUUUACCGGUGGUUCUCCGGUCAUCAGCACUCUUCUGGCCUUCUCAAGUCGUUGAAGCACUCAAAGCACUCUCUAAAGGCCCCCAACAUAGCAAGGUUGACUCCGGCGAGGUCCUCUUCCUUGCCAUUUCUGACCUCCGUAACUCCCUCAACCUCUCCGCUGAUUCCCUCGCCUUUUCAACCGCUGAUGGUUUCUCCCUCUUCUUCGAUGAUCUGAUAUCGCGUGCCGAAGCCAACAAAUGGUUUGAAGGGACACUCCCAGCUUUGGCAGAUUCUCUAUUACGGCUUCCAUCGAUGCUAGAAGCUCACUAUACAGGUGCAGAUUCCAUUACCUGUGUUGGUGCUAGGGCUGGACUCAAAACCAGUCUUCGCCUGUUGAAGUCGCAAGAGCCUGGCAUAGUUUUACUCAGCCAGGAACUCAUCGGCGCUCUUCUUGCAUGCUCUUUCUUUUGUCUGUUUCCAAACAGUAGUAGAGGUGCCAAUCAUCUUCAAGUGAUCAACUUUGAUCAUUUAUUUGCGAGCCUAUACGACAACUACAACGAAAAACAAGAAAACAAAAUCAAAUGCAUCAUUCAUUACUUUGAAAGAAUCCAUUCAAGUAUGCCACGUGGCAAUGUCUCAUUUGAGAGAAAAGUGCUUGCAGACAACCACAAUCUCAACUACAUCCCUUACCCAAAGGUUGAAUCUUGGAGUAAAUCUGUGGUCUCUCUAUGUCUCUUUGAGGUUUGUAAUUCAGGCUUAAUAGAAGAUACUUCAAAAGAAGCUCUAGAAGUCGAUUUUGCAAAUAAGUACCUUGGUGGAGGUGCUCUAACUAGAGGGUGUGUUCAGGAAGAAAUUCGUUUCAUGAUAAGUCCAGAAUUAAUAGCUGGCAUGCUUUUCUUGCCUUCAAUGGCAGAUAAUGAGGCUAUAGAAGUUAUUGGUGUUGAAAGAUUCUCUAAAUAUACAGGAUAUGCUUCUUCUUUUCGAUUUUCUGGUGAUUUCAUGGAUAAGAAAGAUAUUGAUAUGAUGAAAAGACAUAAAACCAGAAUAAUUGCAAUUGAUGCUUUAGUCAACCCUGGAGAAAGACAAUAUAGACAUGAAUUUCUUUUGAGGGAGAUUAACAAGGCGUUUUGUGGGUUUUCUGACUCAAGAAUUGUUACUGGAAAUUGGGGUUGUGGAGCAUUUGGAGGAGACCCUGAAAUUAAAGCUAUUUUACAAUGGCUUGCAGCUUCACAGGCAUUAAGGCCUUUCAUGGUAUAUUACACAUUUAGCAUGGAGGCAUUACAAACACUGGAAAAGGUAACAAAGUGGAUCAUGUUACAUAAAUGGAAUGUUGGAGAUCUUUGGAAUAUGGUAAUGGAAUACUCAUUCCAGAGAUCAAAGAGGGAAACCGGAAUUGGAUUCUUCAAUUGGCUUUUGCCAUUAUUGUCUUCUCAUGACCCCAUGAUGUUGGAUUCCCCUCAAACUGUCUCGAAAGAUUUGGAAUGUAAAUAAUAAUUACAAAUGACUAAACUGCCCUUUGUUUAGUUCUUGUUCACUAAUAUCUUUAGAUACCUGUAAAAAUAUUU